AGGAAUACGGCGCGGUGGGCGGUUUCCCUUGGCCGCUCUCUGCUGCGCCGGGCCUGUGGCCGAGCCCUGAGCGUCCCGGGGCGCCCGGACCCCACGCCACAGGCACCCUGGCUGUGUCCCCAUGAGGAAGGCCAACAUGUGGUUCUUGGAGCGGCUCCGGGGCUCCGGGGACAGCUCGGCCAGUCGGGUGGGCGAGGCAGGCGACAAGGCCUCCAAGGGCCCCUUGUAUAGCAAUGUGCUGACCCCCGACAAGAUCCCCGAUUUUUUCAUUCCCCCCAAGCUCCCCUCGGGCCCUGCAGAGGGCGAGGGCCAGGCAGAGCUGGGCCCAUCCCCAUCAGAGCAGAACCUGGCCUCUGCUGGGCCACGCCGUGCCCCCCGCAGUCCCCGGCUGCCCACCAAGCUGGCAACAGAGAGCAGGAACCUGCUGAAGGCAGCCACGAGGCACGUUAUCCAGAUAGAGAGCGCAGAAGACUGGCCAGCCGAGGAGGCCACCAAUGCUGACCCCCAGGCCCAGGGUGCCAUGUCACUACCCUCAGUGCCCAAGGCCCAGACAUCCUAUGGUUUUGCCACGCUGGCCGAGAGCCCCCACACCAGGCGCAAGGAGUCCCUUUUCCACAGUGAGCAUGGGGCCCUGGCCCAGGUGGGCUCCCCGGGUGUCGGGCGCCGGCGAGCAGGUGCCAAAGCCAACGGGGGCGAUGGGGGAGCCCGGGAGGCUGGAGGGGCCCUAAUGAGCCCCAGCCGCUACUUCAGCGGUGGGGAGAGCGACACAGGGUCCUCGGCCGAGUCAUCCCCCUUUGGGUCCCCUCUGCUGUCUCGCUCCGUGUCCCUGCUGAAGGGCUUCGCCCAGGAUGGCCAGGCCAAGGUGAGCCAGCUCAAGCACUCGGUGGGCCGCCACGGCUCCCUGUCCGCCGACGACAGCACCCCGGACACCAGCCCAGGCAUCCGCCGCCGCCGCCUGACCCGCCGUGCCACCCCGGAACCGGGGUCUGAGUCGGGCCAGGUGCCCCGUGCGGAGCACACGGUGCGGAUGGGCGCCAGGGGCAGCGUGCGGCUGCUGGCCGAGUACGAGGCGGCGCAGGCCCGCCUGCGAGUGCGCCUGCUGGCUGCCGAGGGUCUGUACGAGCGGCCCUGCGACGCCCGCAGCAUCAACUGCUGCGUGGGGCUGUGCCUGGUCCCCGGCAAGCUGCAGAAGCAACGCAGCACCAUCAUCAAGAACAGCCGGCACCCCGUCUUCAACGAGGACUUCUUCUUCGAUGGCCUGGCUCCGGCCAGCGUGCGCAAGCUGGCCCUCAGGAUCAAGGUCGUCAACAAGGGCAGCAGCCUCAAGCGGGACACGCUGCUCGGUGAGGAGGAGCUGCCCCUGACCUCCCUGCUUCCCUUCCUGUGAGGCGCCCGCCCUUCUCCCUUGCACGGCGGGGUAGGUAGCCGCGGGAGGCGGGGCCGGCCCCGGGGCAUCCUCUCCCGGGCUGCUUCUCUUUUCUGUAGGAAGAGAAUGAGCCCCACCGCCCCUCCUCCAGCGGGUCCACAGCGCAAGAGUUGCAGAUUCGGUCCCCAGGGCUCUCGGUGGGGUUUCCCCGGUGGCGGAGGCCGCUGGGAUGCAGAGCCCACCUCCAAGUCUGGGCUGGUUUCAGCCUUUCUCUUUGCUGGGCAGUCUUCCCCACUCUGGCUGCUACACACAGUGCUCAGACAUGCUGAGAACCCCCUCAGUGAUACCACAUCCUGCCUGGGAUGUCGUCACCCCCCACCCCAGCCUGUGGGAGGGGUCCCUCUCUGGGCCAGGCUGUGGCCAGGCACCUCCAACCUUCCAGGCUCUGGGGCCCCCAGUUACGCUCAUCCAGAGCCACGUGCCUGGGAGAGAUGGAGCCAGGCAGUGGGAAGAAUGUAGCCUCCAGGCUGGAGCAGGGAAAUGGUGGAAGACAGAAGCUCCAGGAGAGGGAGUGUCUCCUGGCUGGUGGGUUUUAGGCAAAGGCUCUGUGUUUCCAAUGGGCACCUGGAGCCACCAGCCAGUGGCCCCAACUUCACCCUAGGGCAGCAUCUGCUAGGCUAGUGGCCCUGGCUACACACAUGUAAAUAGG